GAUAUUUUGACUAAGCCGAACUGAGCUGAGCCUGAGGCCAGAGGUGAGCUGAGAGUUUCCUGGAAUUCGGAAGAAAUUUCAUCAGGUUCCUGUUUAAUCAUGGCUGUGGAUGUCCAGGACCUGCGCUACAAACAGGUAGCCUACAAAAUUGGUAAAGCUCUCUCUCCAGAAGAAAUACACGACUUAAAAUUUCUUUGCAAAGACAUUCCAGGCUUCUCCCAAGCAGAUGUUGAUGAGAUUUCCGAUGGUCUUGCCCUUAUAACCAAACUUGAACAGCUGGAUGUUCUUACUAAAGAAAAGGUGGAUUUGGUGGUGAAUUUUUUGUCUUUGGUGAAUAGGAAGGACUUAGAAGGUGACUUGAAGCAAUAUGAACAAGAGUUUAUCACAAGGUCAUUGGCAGGGCAAGUAGGAGGGCCAGUAACCCAACCAAUGAGCGCUCAAUUUCAGCAGAAUAAUGGAUAUCAAUCAGCAGCUUUCAACUCUCAGAAUCAACCAGCUGCAAUGGGAGAAGAUCUUAGUACUGAAUUUGACAUCAUCGUUGAGAACAUUGGCCGUGACUGGCGACAGCUAGCAAGGCGUCUGGGUCUCACUGAAGUUGACAUCGAAUGCAUCACUGAGAACCACAGCAGGAAUCUGAGGGAACAGUCCAGACAGGCUCUAUGGAUGUGGAAGAACAAACACAGAAGAGAAGCCACAAGGCAGGCACUCAUUGCCACCCUCAGGAAAUGCAAGAUGAACUACAUUGCUGACAUUGUGGAAGGGUAUAUAAAUCCUUGAAGGAAUCAUCAAAAUAGUCAAGAUUUUAAAACAUGGUAAGGAUGUUCUUCAAGGUUUGAAGACAUUGUUAAACAGUUUAUUGAGGUUUGAGUACAUUAUGAGGAAGUUGUCAAGGUUGAAGGCAUUGUCUGGAUGUUAGUCAAGGUGUGAAGGCAUUGUCAAACAGUUCAUCAAGGUUUGAAGACAGUGCCCGGACAUUUGUUUUGCCAUGAAGUCAUUGUUUAAAGGUAUAAUGCAAUGGUAAGGCAGUUCAUUGUUGAGACAAAGCAAUGAUAAAGCAGUGAUGAAGGAUUGCGGCUCCAGACCAUCUCUUCCUUGAGGACAGCUUACUUUUGUUGUGACAGGUAGCUGUUAUAAUGGUAGGGGGUUAGUAGUUAUCAUUUAUAUAUAGGUAAGGUGUCCUCAUGGAAUACUUGCCCCUAGGAUAACUUUACUCUGGUGGAGACAGCAUAUGCUACAGGGGAUAUUUCAUGUAGGAUUUGUUGUAGUGGAGUUGUCCCCCAAGAGAGUUUUCCUUCUAGGCCCCUCAUUGUAAUACCUUGGUCACAUUUGAUCUACGGCAGCCGUAUGGCGAGUCAACAACAGCCGUUUUUAUUACUUUCAAUUCAAACCACCUAUAAGCAGUUGGUACAAAAAAAUGUUGAAACGGCUGUUUUCGACUCGCCGUACGGCCGCCGUAGAGCAAAUGUGACCAAUGUAUAAGUCAGAGCCACGUCUUCCCCAGGAAACCUGCAAGCAGAUUUUCAGUAGCAGUCCUCAGAUUUUAUCUUGGACAAGAUAAUGAGGAAUGCAGGAAAGCCACAAUAAAAAGACAUAUUGUGCCAACGUUUUUUUUUUUUUUUAUUCCUGCCGAAAAAUACUGCAGGAUUUGACAUGUUGCCUUAAGGUACAUUGGUACUCAAGGAGUUUAAGACCCUGCCAUUUUGUUCCAUGCAAGCCUUGCAUGUGACUUGCAGAUGACUAUAUUUGCUACCUGCAAGUUGCCUGCAUUAACAGUAUCUCUCAAGUAUCUUGCACGUAGUUGCCCGCUGAAGUCUGAUUUGCACGCCGAAAAGUUUUGAACAUGCUUGAAAAUGUUGUUGCGGGUGAUUGCCCGCAACUCAACCACAAGGUUUGCAUGGAACGAUGUGACAGAGUCUUAUGGUAGGGAUAGAAUUCUUGAAAAGCUGUGUAGACGUUGAUCCAGAUUAUUUCAUCCAGGUACAAAAAAAAAACUAUCUACUAGGCUAUUUAGGAAGAACUUGUAACUGGCAAUUAUUAUCAUUGUUUUUUUUUGUGGGG